AUGGCUUCAGUAACUGAGGGUAAAACUGGAGUCAAAGAUGCCUCUGACCAGAAUUUUGACUACAUGUUCAAGCUGCUCAUCAUUGGCAACAGCAGCGUUGGUAAGACCUCCUUCCUCUUCCGCUAUGCUGAUGACACCUUCACCCCGGCCUUCGUCAGCACCGUGGGCAUCGACUUCAAAGUGAAGACAGUCUACCGCCAUGAGAAGCGUGUGAAGCUGCAGAUAUGGGAUACAGCUGGGCAAGAGCGAUACCGGACCAUCACCACAGCCUAUUACCGUGGGGCCAUGGGCUUCAUUCUGAUGUAUGACAUCACCAACGAGGAAUCCUUCAAUGCUGUCCAGGACUGGGCUACUCAGAUCAAGACCUACUCCUGGGACAACGCCCAGGUGGUUCUGGUGGGAAACAAGUGUGACGUGGAAGAAGAAAGGGUGGUCCCCACCGAGAAGGGCCGGCUCCUUGCAGAGCAGCUUGGGUUCGACUUCUUUGAAGCCAGUGCCAAGGAGAACAUCAGCGUGAGGCAGGCCUUCGAGCGUCUGGUGGAUGCCAUUUGUGAUAAGAUGUCCGACUCGCUGGACACAGACCCCUCCGUGCUGGGCGCUUCCAAGACCACCCGUCUCUCAGACACCCCGCCACUGCUGCAGCAAAACUGCUCCUGCUAG